UCCUCCUAGUUAGCUGGACUGGAAUAUUGCCCACCAUCCUUUACCUCCAAUUUUCAAACACUUCACUUGCUGUUACACUCUUUCCACCAUGCUCAUCCGCCGUCCUCACCACCUCCGUCUCCUCCUCCCCCGCCACCAACAGCAGUCCUUUUCCUCUCUCACUGUCCCACUCUCCCACCCAACUUACAUCAUCUGGUCCUCCAACACCUCCCUCGGCAAAACCCUAGUUUCCACCGGCAUUUCCUCGUCCUUCCUCCUCUCCCCUUCCUCUUCCAACCCCAAAAAGCUUCUCUACCUCAAACCUCUCCAAACCGGCUUCCCCUCCGACUCCGACUCCCGCUUCCUUUUCCAAAAGCUCUCUUCUCUUUCUCUCCGGCGCGAGCUCCCCCUCUUUUCCUCCCAUUCCGUGCUUCUCUCUUCCCUCCCGGCUGCCAAAUCAUUCAAACCGAACGAUUUCUCUCGUAACGUGUCACGGGAGAUGUGUGAAUUGGGGCUUUACGAGGAGAGGAAGGUCUUGGAGGAGGGAAAUGUAGCUCCAGAGCUGGUUUCGGAGACGCUGUACGCUUGGGAGGGCGCGCUGUCUCCGCAUUUGGCUGCGGAAAGGGAAGGUGCGGUGGUGGGGGAUUCUGAGUUGGUUAAGAAAGUGGAGGGACGUUUGAAGGAAGGGUUAUUGGAAGAUGGUGUUGAGAGGGGGAAAUUAGAUGGUUUCUGUGUGGUGGAGACUGCCGGUGGGGUUGCCAGUCCCGGAGCCUCGGGGACUCUUCAAUGUGAUCUUUAUCGGUCCUUACGCUUUCCUGGUGUUCUUGUUGGAGAUGGGCGGUUGGGUGGAAUAUCUGGAACUAUUUCAGCUUAUGAGAGUUUGAAACUACGAGGCUAUGAUGUUGUUGCUAUUGUUAUUGAAGAUCAUGGCCUAGCAAAUGAAAUACCAUUAAUGUCAUAUUUGCGCACGAGAGUGCCUGUGUUUGUGCUGCCACCCAUUCCACAAGAUCCAUCAGAUGACCUAAUGGAAUGGUUUGAUGAAUCUUGCAAUGUAUUUAAUUCUUUGAAAGAUAUAAUGCUGGAAGCUUAUUUAGAAAGAACACGGAAACUAAAUGAGAUGCCGAGAAGAGCUGGAGAUGUUUUCUGGUGGCCAUUCACUCAGCACAAACUUGUACCACCUUCUAAUGUUACAGUCAUUGAUUCACGGUGUGGUGAAAACUUUUCAGUGUACAAGGUUCGGAACAAAGAGUACAUAACGCAACAAUUUGAUGCAUGUGCUAGUUGGUGGACUCAAGGACCUGAUGCUACUUUACAGACUGAACUUGCAAGAGAUAUGGGUUAUGCUGCUGCAAGAUUUGGGCAUGUAAUGUUCCCUGAGAAUGUGUAUGAGCCAGCUUUGGAAUGUGCAGAACUUUUGCUUGAUGGUGUGGGGAAAGGUUGGGCCACUCGGGUGUACUUUUCAGAUAAUGGUUCCACAGCAAUUGAAAUUGCUCUGAAGAUGGCAUUUCGAAAAUUUUCUUCUGAUCAUGGAAUUUUUCCAGAGCUAUUGAAGAAUAGCCCAACUGAAAGUUGCCACGAGCUAAUGGUACUAGCUCGUCAGGGAUCUUAUCAUGGUGAUACUUUGGGUGCAAUGGAAGCACAGGCACCAUCAUCUUAUACUGGAUUCCUGCAGCAGCCAUGGUAUACAGGAAGAGGACUUUUUCUAGAUCCUCCAACUGUGUUUAUGCACAAUGGCAAAUGGACCCUUUCACUUCCUGAGUUUCAUUCUGGAACUCUGGAACAAGAAGAUAUUACCUUCAGGUCUCGUGAUGAAAUAUUCCUUAAGAGCAGGGACAACACAAAUCUUGCUGGCUUGUAUUCAUCGUAUAUUUCUCAGCAAUUAUCUCAGUAUUCAACAUUAUCUGGGACUAAGCUAAUAGGAGCCUUAAUUAUAGAGCCAGUUAUCCAAGGUGCUGGAGGAAUGCAUAUGGUUGAUCCGCUUUUCCAGAGGAUGCUUGUCAAUGAGAGUCAGCACUGUAAAAUUCCAGUAAUCUUCGAUGAGGUCUUUACGGGUUUCUGGCGAUUAGGAGUAGAGGCUGCAGCAGAACUGCUUGGUUGUGUACCAGAUAUAGCCUGCUUUGCUAAGCUCAUGACAGGGGGGAUCAUCUCUUUAGCUACCACACUAGCAACUGAUGCUGUUUUCGAUUCAUUUACCGCAGAUUCAAAGCUUAAGGCUCUUUUGCAUGGACACUCAUAUUCGGCACAUGCAAUGGGGUGCACAGCAGCUGCUCGAUCUAUUAAAUGGUUCAAAGAUCCAAUUACAAACCUUAACAUCACAUCUAAAAAUUCUCAGAAAAUUUUGCAGAAAAUUUUGCUUAGGGAGCUAUGGGAUGCAGAACUCGUGCAACAGAUCUCAUUGCAUCCUUCUGUAUCAAGGGUGGUCGCACUGGGAACUCUUUUCGCUCUAGAACUACAAGCAGAUGGUUCUGAUGGUGGGUAUGCAUCUCUAUAUGCAAGAUCUCUGGUUCAGAUGCUCCGGGAAGACGGCAUCUACUGCCGACCCUUAGGAAACGUCAUCUAUGUCAUGUCUGGUCCCUGCACAUCCCCUGCAUUCUGCACCCAGCAACUCCUCAAACUCUACACAAAGCUUGAAGAAUUCACCCAGGUCAAACCAAAGAUGGAAAUCGUUUAACUGGUAUCGAACUUCUCUUUUUCCUAUAGCCUAUAUGUAGCUAUUUUCUGAUAUGAAUUCCCAAAUGA